UCAUCCUUAAAAUGUUUUAAAGAAAGAGACUUUCAUUAACUCAAUAAAAUAUCUACGCAAUGGUAUUUUCGUUUAACUGACUAAAAUCUAGCUGAAGCGUCUUAUCAAAGAAGAAACACAAACUGAAACCGAAGAGCAACAGAUUAGAGAGCAUUUGUAGCGGCGCUCAUCCGUUUCCGGCAAAGGGUUUAGAUUCAAUUGUCUGAUUUAUCAUUCUUCUGAAAUAAAAACGAAACCUUGUUGAGAUUUGUUGUUCUCAGACAUAAAGUUCGUUGCUUUCCUCUCAUUUGUCACUCACCUGGAUCUUGAUUCUGGUAAAGGAACUUGGGAGUUCUUGAACUAAAACCGCUCCUCGUUUGUUUUUGGUGUAUAUAUGAAUGAAAUGGACACGAAAAGUUGUUCAAAAUCGAUCACUGUUUGUGAAAGUUCGAGUGGAUCUGUGCCUGAGGCUGUGAUUGUAGUCUCUGGUCUCAACAGUGACUCUGUCUCAAACCAUGUAUUGAUCGAAGAGCAAAAAGAGAAUGAUUCAAGAAUGGGGAAAGAUGGUGUUGGAUGCAGUAACGUUUCAGCGCAUGCUGUUCACGAGGAAGUUGCAAAUAACGUUACUGCGGUAAGCUGUCACGAGAGUGAUGCUUCAACAAAAGAAAAGGCCAAGGAGUUUCACGUGGUAGAUCUGAGCGGUGAAGGAGAAAGUGAUAACGGGCAAAGAAUCUGCAGGAUCUGUCAUUUUGGUUCUGAUCAAACGCCGGAUAGAGUUUCUGGCAAGUCAGUAAGUGUAGACUUGAUUGAGAUUGGUUGCAAAUGCAAGAACGAGCUUGGCCUUGCCCAUUUUCAUUGCGCUGAAGCUUGGUUUAAGCUCAGAGGAAACAGUGUAUGUGAAAUCUGCGGUUCUUCAGCACUGAAUGUUCCAGUAAGGUUGACGGAGGAGGAGUGGAGCGAAAUAAGGGACGGUACAACGGAUGAAGGAAGAAGACGUGGAAGUGGACAAUCUUGCUGCAUUUUCAUGGUUUUUCUGCUUACUAUCAUUCUGCUUCAUUGGUUUUUCAAGAAGAUGAGUGGUUACUACCAAAACACAUAAAAUUAAUUUGUUAGUUAAUAAGCAUAUAUGUUUGUAACUUGUACAUCCUAUUCUGACCCUAGACUAUAUGGAAACAGAAGAAGAUAGAAUAUAAUUUCUUUAGAUCAAACUCUGGUUAAGAAUUUUAAUAAAUGGCCAAGUCAGAGUUUUUUUUACUCUUCAUUAGUAGAACAAAACCAUUUUCUG